CAUCCAUCUUUCUUUCCCCCACAAAUUGAAGCAUCAAAGAUCCUCACUUCCUUCUUCCAUCUAUCUGCACUUUUCUUCUGUUACAUGUGCUGCCAAAACCAUGGCAGAACUUGUGGCUGGUGCGUUCCUCUCUUCUUCCCUUCAGGUAGCAUUUGAAAGAUUGGCUUCUGGUGACAUCAUUGAUUACUUCCGAGCUGGAAAGCUUAAGGAUGGCACCUUGCUGAAAAAGCUGGACAUGACCCUUAAUUGCAUCAACAAAGUUAUUGAAGAUGCUGAGGAAAGGCAAUACAGAGACCAUUAUGUGAAGCAGUGGCUGGAUGAGCUUAAAGAUGUCGUGUUUCAGGCCGAGGACUUGCUGGAUGAUAUUGCUGCUGAGGCGUCUCGGCAGAAGCUGCAACUUCAACUUCAUCCCGCUACAGGUAAACUUCGCAACUUCGUCACUCGCAUUGCUAGUCCAUUUGAUAAACAAAUUGAAAGAAGGAUCAAAGAACUUGUUGACUACCUGGAAUUCUUAGCUAACAAAGGGGAUCGACUGGGAUUGAAGGAAGGCUCCUAUGCCCUCACUCAGGUGGAAGGGAAUAGGAAGCUGUUCAAAAGAUUGCCCGCAACAUGUUUGAUAGAUGAAGCUAAUAUCUUUGGUCGAGACACUGAUAAAGAGAAAAUUAUAGAGAUUUUAUCAUCCAACAACAAGGGUGAGAAUCAGUUACCUGUGGAUGUGGUUGCCAUCGUAAGUAUGGGUGGGAUGGGUAAGACAACACUUGCUCGGCUUAUUUUCGAAGACAAAAGGAUCAAGGAAGAAUUUCAACAUAGAGCUUGGGUGUUUAUUUCGGAAGAAUUUGAUGUUGGUCAAGCUACAAAAGUGAUUCUUGAAGCACUUGAUUGUCGAAUUAAAAUAUCGGAUGAUUUGAACUUAAAUCAACUUCAAAUGAAGAAGAAAUUGAAGGAUAAAAAAUUUUUCUUGGUUCUUGAUGAUGUAUGGAAUCAGAAUCGCACAAUUUGGGAGGUCUUCCAAACACCUUUCAAUUAUGGAGCUCCAGGAAGUAAGAUUCUUAUAACAACCCGUAAUAAAAAGGUGGCAGAAGUCAUGCGCUCUAGCUAUAUGCACCUUUUGAAGCCAUUAGAAGAUGAAGAUUGUUGGAAGUUAUUUGUAAAGUAUGCUUUUAAGGAACAACACCAACAUGCUGAUCCAAAUCUUUUAUCAAUUGGUAGAGAUAUUGUUAAAAAAUGUGGAGGAUUGCCUUUAGCAAUAAAAACAUUGGGAAGUUUGUUACACACAAAACCGUCAUCUCAGGACUGGGUUAGUAUUUUGGAAAGUGAUAUUUGGCAUUUACCGGAAGAUGAUAGCAAUAUAAUCCCUUCUUUAAGGUUGAGCUACCACUGCUUACCUUCAAAUCUUAAGCGUUGUUUUGCCUUUUGUUCUCUCUUUCCUAAAGAACACUUGCUAAAGAAGGAUGUGUUGAUUCAAUUAUGGAUGGCAGAAGGUUUACUACAUUCCACCCAGAAAAGUAAGAGCAUAGAAAAAGUGGGUGAUGAAGUUUUCAAUGAUCUAGAGUCUCGGUCAUUUUUUGAGCCACAGGGUGAUUACUUCAUCAUGCAUGAUCUUUUGAAUGAUUUAGCAAUGUCUGUGGUGGGGGAGUUUUGCGUGCGGCUGGAGGUUGAUCAGGCACAAGACAUUUCAAAAAAGGCUCGUUACUUUUCAUACUUGGCCACCAAAAAUGAAAAACUUGAAAUCUUUGAGGAUGUUUUCUUGUGCCACCAAUUACGCAGUUUCAUUCGGUUGGACAAUGACCCCGUCAAUUGUGACAUAAAAAAUGAUAUGAUAUCCAGGCUCACUUGUUUCAAGUAUAUGCGGGUAUUAUCAUUAAGAGGAAAUCAAAAUUUCAAAAGACUGACAGCUGAUAUUAGCAAUUUAAAACACUUGCAUUAUUUGGAUCUUUCAGACAGUGCUAUUGAAAAUUUGCCAAAUUCCCUGUGCUUAAUGGUUAAUCUGCAAACAUUGAAAUUAAAAGGUUGUGUUAACCUGACUACGUUGCCAUCCAAUUUUCACACUCUCACCAAAUUGCGUCAUCUUGAUUUGGAAAAUAGUGGCAUAAAGAUGAUGCCAAAACAUAUGGGAAAGUUAAAGCAUCUCCAAACAAUGAAUUGGUUUGUUGUUGGAAACAAUGGAGGAUCCGAUUUAAAGGAAUUGGGAGCCUUAUAUCAUUUAGGGGGUACAUUAACUAUCUCAAAUAUGAAAAGCAUUGAUGAUCCUACAAAUAUCAAAGAUGCAAAGUUGAAGGAAAAGCAUAUGGAUGAGUUAAAUUUGAUUUGGGGAUCAGUUCAAAGUCAUGAAGAGUCACAACGCCAAGAGUGUGUAUUGGAAGCGCUCGAGCCAAAUAGUAACAUAAAAAAGCUCACAGUUACAAGAUUUUCGGGCACUGUAUUUCCGAAUUGGUUUGAUGGUUUGCAUUUGCCCAGUCUAGUGUCUUUAUCUUUGUCAAGUUGCAGCUACUGUCUCAACCUACCACCACUUGGUCAGCUACCUUCGCUCCAGAAACUUGAGAUUCAAGGAUUUCAUGGAAUAAGGGUGAUAGAUCAAGACUUUUAUGGGAAUGGCUCCUCAGUUCCUCCGUUUCAUUGCCUUUCAUAUUUAAAAUUUUCAUGGAUGCGAGAAUGGGAGGAAUGGAAUAUAUGUCAUGAAGAUGGCAGUUUCUCAUGCCUUCAGGAGCUUUAUAUAUGGGACUGUCCUAGAUUGACAAAGUCUCUACCUCAACACCUUCCUUCUCUAAAAAGGUUAGACAUUAUGAAGUGCAUAAGUUUGAAGACUACACUUCCUAAGGCCACUGCGUUGGAAAUGCUGCGUUUACAAAGUUGUAAGAAGAUUUCAAUGAAAGACUCCCCCACAUGGAGCUCUACAGAUGUGCUUCCACAUCUUCAUGACCUGAUACUAUGUGAUUGUCCAGAGAUGGAAUCAAUUCCUCCUGGAGGUAUGCUUUCCAGCCUACAACGCCUUUCUGUCUCUCUUUGCCCUAAACUCAUUGUGUCUCGCAAGGAUUGGUGUUUGCAUGAGAUCCUCUCUUUGGAAGAACUUGAAAUUAGUGAUAAGUUUGAAGAUGUGGAAUCCUUCCCUGAGGAAGGAUUGUUGCCGCCCAAUCUUCACUCUCUUUCAUUUAAGCAGUGCUACAAUUUAAAAAGAAUAAACUACAAGGGUCUUCUCCAUCUCCGUUUCCUCACUUCCUUAUAUUUUGAUUACUGCCCUGGCAUGAGUUUUGAAGGCUUGCCAGACGAUGGUUUACCUGCAACCCUUUCUCAUUUACAAAUUGGCUACAAUUGUACAUUGCUCAAGCAGCGGUGCCAAAGGGAAAUAGGACAAGAUUGGCCUAAAAUUGCCCAUAUCCCUCAUGUGCAUAUCUUGGGAAGACGGAGUUAAGAUGCAGAUGCUGACUCUGGUGGUUCUAGAAGGCAUUUUUGACAUGUGAAUAUGGAGCAAGAGUGCAACAUUCCACAUGGUGGAGCAAUUAUGAGAUUGUUUAUACUAUAAAGAUCAUAUGACAGCAAUUUGGCUUUGGGAUGCUUGCUAUGCUUUCCAAUCUCAAACAGAUAACAUUGACACUGACAGAAACAAUGAAGAUAGAAGAAGAGUAAGGUUUUCCUGUUCAAAGCAGAUUCAAUUUCUCAAAACCACAAAAUUUUCAAAUGCUCUUGUGAAGUGUACCCAUCGCUGCAGGGACAAUGGCUGAGAGGCAAUAUCAUAUAUAUGCAUAUGGUGGUAGAGGGAAGGGAGAUAUCUUAUGGAAACAUAUUUGGAGGUUCAACAUCUCAGAAGAGAUCAAAACUUUCUUAUGGCUAACAGCAAAGGACAUGCUACAUGCAAAAGAUCUUAGAAACAGACUUGGGAUCUCAAUGGAUGGUGGCUGCCUGUUUGGUUGUGAUAAUAUUAAGACGACUAUGCACGUGCUUAGUGAUUGUCGGCUAGCUUCUGCGCUUUGGACUCAGCAUGUUGCACCACAUCAUUGAACAGAGUUACCAGGAAACGUGGGAAAUGGAACAUAAAAAAUGAAGCAGGUAACAACAGCACUAAGAAGGUACAAUGGAACAUCCUAUUUGCUUAUACUUGCUGGGAAUUACGGACCAUGAGGUGUAAAAAAAACUCUUUGAUCAGGAUGGAAAUGUUGGCUAUGUUGAUUCGGACAACUGCAUUUGUAAAAGCUUGUAUGGAUUUGCAUUACUCAUAAAUCUUUGUUCAGAAAAUACAAAGGUCUAUACAGACACUAGUGAAUACUAUGAUGCCAAAUGAUUUUGUUAAGUUGAAAGUGGAUGGAUCUAUUCUGCCUAAUGACUUGAGUACUUGUGGAGGCAUGUCUAGAGAUGGUAAUGGCUCUUGGAUUUUUGGCUUUUACAGUAAAUUGCCUCAAUAUCCGCCUGCUAUGUUUGAAAUACUUGGCACUGGUAGAGGAUUAAGUUUUCUCUGAUUGUGCUAAAGCGAUCAACAUUCUCACAAGUGAAUAUCUACCCCAUCAUCCUUACAUUGUCAUUAUGCAGUAUACUACUGGUCUCCUGCAUUUAGAUUGGACUUUUUUUUCUUUAUUUUUUGUACAGAGAAUCUAAUUGGGAUGCUCAUUGGGUAGCUGAACAGGGUCAUAUGAUGGCUCCCCCUUUUGUAAUCUUUGAUCAAUCUCCACCUUUCCUACAAGAGGUGGUGAAUGAGGAAAGAUGGUCUCCCUCUUGAUGUUUUUCUGUUUCAUGUUGGCUGUAUUUGACAUCAUGUGAUCAAUAUAUUUCAGUUCUCAUUUAAAAAAAUUUGGUUACCUAUAAUG